GGACUUGGGAGCUAACAGACAAUUCGCACCACAGAGCAAAAUGUCGGAAUUUCAAGAUCUUGCAGAUAAUUACAAGCGCUGUUAUGGCAAGAACAAGCUCAAGUUCGGUUCUAAGCCAGUACUUGUGGUAAUCGAUUGUGUCAAAGCUUACCAUGAGCCGUCCUCUCCAUUAUACGCCCCCGAACGAUUCGACAUCGCUUUGAAGUCCAUUAUUCGCUUGAUCGAGAAAUGCAGAGCCGUGGGAAUUCCAGUCGUGUAUUCGUCAGUGAUUUUCGAGAGCCCCACUGCAGGUGGAAAGUGGUACACAGAGAAAUUACCGAAUGUUUUGUGUUGCUAUGAUGCUGGAAAUCCCUUUCGGGAAUUUGCGGAAGGAGUGAAGCCCAGGAAAGACGAAGUUGUCGUGCUCAAGCAAUACUCAAGUAGUUUUUUCGGGACCAGCCUGAGUAGCUUACUUACCAGUCUGGGAUGCGAUAGCACGAUCUUGUGCGGAUAUUCGACUAGCGGUUGUGUGAGAGCUACAGCAUUGGAUUCCAUGCAGUAUGGCUUUAGCCCAUUUGUUGUGCGAGAGGCGUGUGGUGACCGGCACCAAGCUGUCAAUGACAGCAAUUUGUUCGAUAUGGACCAGAAAUUUGCCGAAGUAGUGUCCGAGGAAGCGAUUAUGGCAAUGAUUGAUAGUAAAUAAGGAAAUAAAAAAUCUAGGCUGUAGCUCUAGUUCAGGCAUUGGCAUAUGGUGCUGGAGAUAAUGGGUUCGUUGCUUAUGUGUUGAAUUCGUGUUGUUUGAUGACGAGCUUUUUGUAGAACUCUUGGUCAUAGGAAACGCAUUCCAG